AUGUGCUAUCGCAGUCGUUGGCGUGGGUUGGAUGAACAGGCACAGCUAGCUGACAAAGAGGCUAGGUUCAGCCGGGCGCUCGGCAGGAUGCAGCAGUACGGCCAAUCAGACAACAGCGCCGAAGACGAUCCGGUCCUUUCGUCAACGGAUAGUGAAGAUGGCGACGACGACACCUACGACAACGACCACGACGAUAACAGCAACCAAGACAGCGACUACAUCCCAGAAAAAGAUAGUCCAUCAUACACCAGCUCGGCAUUCACCACAAAUUCUGUUGAUCCAACGCUCCAAACACUUUUAAACGGGCCACAGUGGCAACUGGCCAACCCUUGGGCGCGGCGUGCAGCAAGAGUAGACUACCGUCUGAAGAAGCCUAGGAAACUAAUAACAACAGGCACAGCUAAGAAACAGAAGCGAAAAUUCAGUGAAAGUGCAGCUGACAGUAGUCUGGUACUGUUCCCUCUUCAUGACCCUCAGACCAGUUCAGCCGAGGAAAAUUCAGCAAAGCGUCUUCCUCCUAGCCCUCAGACUCUAGCACGCUGGGGAAAGCGCCGGGCGGAAGAAAACAAGUCGCGU